CAUCGGUCCUUCGUUCUUGCUCUCCUGCUCUAGGGUUUGAUUAGAUUUGGGUCCCUUUCUAUAUUCCGAUAGAAAAGCGGACGGAGAAGGCGGCGCUCCUGAGAGAACUAUCUUUCGGUCUUUCUUAUUUAUAUACUUAUCUUCGAUCGAUUGAUAAAGCUAGGGUUUUGAGUUCUUUUGAGUUGCGCAUAGGACGAUGGACGAGGCGGCGGUGGAUGCCCUCAUCGCUCGGCUUCUUGACGCGAAGAACGGAAGGACGGUGAGACAGGUUAACAUGACCGAGCCGGAGAUACGGCAGCUAUGCCUCGCAGCAAAGGAGGUCUUCCUCAGCCAGCCGAAUCUACUGGAGCUCGAAGCACCAAUAAAAAUUUGUGGUGACAUUCAUGGGCAGUAUUCUGAUCUUCUCCGAUUAUUUGAAUACGGUGGACUCCCCCCACAAGCUAACUAUUUGUUUCUUGGUGACUAUGUUGAUCGUGGCAAGCAGAGCAUUGAAACUAUAUGCCUUCUUCUGGCGUACAAGAUAAAAUAUCCAGAGAACUUCUUUCUUCUGAGAGGAAACCAUGAGUGUGCAUCCAUCAACCGUAUAUAUGGUUUCUAUGAUGAGUGCAAGAGAAGGUUUAAUGUUAGACUUUGGAAGGUUUUUACUGAUUGUUUUAAUUGCCUCCCAGUUGCUGCUCUUAUCGAUGAGAAGAUUUUGUGCAUGCAUGGAGGCUUAUCUCCUGAACUGAGAAACUUGGAUCAGAUCCGUAGUCUUACUCGUCCGGCAGAUGUCCCUGACCAAGGCCUUCUUUGCGACCUACUAUGGUCUGAUCCUGAUAAAGAUAUUGAAGGCUGGGGAGAGAAUGAUAGAGGAGUAUCUUAUACGUUUGGGCCUGACAAAGUGGGCGAAUUUCUUCAAAAGCAUGACUUGGACCUUAUCUGCCGUGCUCACCAGGUUGUGGAAGAUGGCUAUGAGUUUUUUGCAAAUCGACAGCUGGUGACAAUAUUUUCUGCACCCAACUAUUGUGGGGAAUUUGACAAUGCUGGUGCUAUGAUGAGUGUGGAUGACACUUUGACUUGUUCGUUUCAGAUUCUGAAACCAUCGGAUAAAAAAGGAAAAUUUGGGUUCGGGAACAACUUGUUGAGGCCAGGAACACCGCCUAGAAAGGGUGGUAAAGGAUGAUAUAUCCGCAUCAUACAUAUGCUUUGCCGCAUUAUAUGUUGGGCGAACUCUGAAGUUUGUUGUGGCACAACUAUCCUUCCUUGAUGCUUCAACUCCUCGCUGGGCUGCUGUGUCAUGCAAUUUCCUGUGUUAUUGGAAGCAAUCUUACUUGCAAAAUUCCACGUGUUGAAAAGCUUAAGCACGUGUGGAUUAAAAUAGGCAAACUUUCUGCUAGCAAUUGUAAAGUUAUUCGGAAAUUUGUCCUUUGGUUCUCACACAAUUGUAAACUCCUAUUGUUAAAUGCACUUGUUAUGGUGGCAGCUUUCUUACA